AAAAAACUGAAAAAUUAGAAAAGUAGAUAGAAAAUGGUGAAAAAAUGUGCAGUAGAGGCAGCAGCGAGUUUGAGUCGAAUGCGCGAAAGUCCUCAACCAAAAAAAUUGUUGGGAAUUUUAAGUUGUUGACAGAAAAGAAAAGGACUAUUUUUACUUCUUGGUCUACAUAUAUACUGUGUAUGGUGGCGGCUUGCAGUUGAGUGGUUUGUUGCUUUGAUUGUUGUGGAGAAGAGGAGUGCUUAUGGAAGAAGUUCUACUAAGAUUGAUCACAUUCUUGGAAGAAUGGGAAGUCAGGGUGUUCAUAAUCCUCAGCCUCGCGUUGCAGAUCUUACUGAUCAUGUUGGGCAAUCGCAGGAAGUAUGUAUGCAAACUUUGGAUAAGAAUCAUUCUCUGGUGUGCUUACUUAUUGGCAGAUUGGGUAGCAGUCGUUUCACUUGGCAUCACCUCGAAGAACACUCUUGAUGCUUGCCACAAGAGAAUCAAGGUUGAGCCCGGGAUUGAACUGAGGUGGUUCUGGGCUCAAUUCUUUGUGCUGCACUUAGGUGGCCCCGACACCAUCACGGCAUACUCUCUCGAAGAUAACGAGCUGUGGCUGAGGCAUUUGGUGGGGAUGGUGAUUCAAACUGGACUUGCUUCAUAUGUCCUACUUGUUGCCCUCCGCAGCUCCAAUUGGCUUCCCUCUUUGAGCGUGCUCAUCUUCAUAGCAGGUGCAAUCAAGUAUGGAGAGCGCCUGUACACUCUCCGUGCAGCCAACAGUGAGCACUUCCGCGACUCCAUGCUUCCAGAGCCUGAUCCGGGCCCCAACUAUGCAAAAUUCAUGGAAGAAUACACGAUGAAGGAGGCUGAGGGGUAUGAAGUUGGGGUGGACGAGGUUAUAGAAAUCCCUGUUCUCGCUCAGCAUGAUUUCCCCGACAAGCCAGGCAUACACGAAGCAUACGACCUAUUCCUGACAUUCAAACGCCUCUUUGCGGACGCUAUCUUGAGUUUUCAAGACCGAGACAGCAGCAGAUCCUACUUCCAGAAUCUGUCAGGGGAGCAAGCUUUUGAUGUUGUUGAGAUCGAGCUUGGCUUCAUGUUUGACGAGCUCUACACGAAAGCAUCCGUUGUGUACAACCUCUGGGGCUGCAUCCUUCGGAUGAUCACGUUCUCCUUCACCCUCUUCGCCUGGAUGGCCUUCCUCUUUGUCUGCGAGAAGGGCAAGUACAAGCAGCUUGACUUGGUGAUCACUCACUUGCUGCUCGGGGUGGCUAUCUGCUUAGAGAUAUACGCUGUUUUUGUUCUCGUGAACUCAGACUGGACGUGCAGGCUGAUCAAGCGCGGCAAAAUGAUUCAAUGGCUGCAGCAGCCAAAGAAGAAGAGGUGGUCUGAGAAAAUGUCUCAGCACAAUCUACUUGAUCUUUGUGUUUGGGAUAAAUCUGCACUAUUAUUCUUCCCAAGAAGCAUCACAAAGGCUGCUAAAAUCGAUCAUUACCUCGAAAAGCACUGGCACAAGUCCUUCGUUGACGUCUCCAUAGAUCUGAAAAACCUUAUAUUCAUAGAGUUGAAGAAGUACACAACUGCGUCUGAUCCAGCAGCUAUGUGGAGCAGAAAGGGGAGUUUCACUCUUGGAAAGUACCCCUUUCUCUCUCUCGAUGGGAUCCAAGAGAGGGAAUUCGAUCAGGGGAUCCUCCUCUGGCACAUCGCCACGGACAUCUGUUACACCCUCACGCCACCCAAGGAGAGAAUCCCGACCGCGGACCACAGCAAGCACAUAUCUGACUACAUGCUGUACCUCCUCAUGGUCUGCCCCUUCAUGCUGCCAAUUGGGAUCGGGAUGAUAAGGUUACGCGACACAUGCGCUGAGGCCAAGGAGUUUUUCAGGGAGCGGGCCACGGUGAUAGCAUCCAGCAAGGUUGAGGCCUGCAACAAGCUGCUCGAGGUGAGCACUCGGGUGCCACCGGGUAAAGUGAAGGGCGACCGGAGCAAGAGCGUGCUGUUUGAUGCGUGUAAGCUGGCUAAGUCCCUCUUGAAGGCGCAGAUGUGGAAUGUUGUGAGCAGUGUGUGGGUGGAGAUGUUAGCCCACGCUGCCACGCAUUGUGGCGGCAGACACCACGCCCACCAGCUGCGCAAGGGGGGGGAGCUGCUCAGCCAUGUUUGGCUUCUCAUGGCGCAUUUGGGCAUCACAGAGCAGUUCCAGAUAUCUCAAGGUCAUGCUAGGGCUAAAAUCAGGUCAUGCUAGAGAUGAAAUCAUACUAAAAUCUUGUUGUAUCAAUCACUAUUCUAGUAUUCUUUACAGAAAAUAGUCUCAGUGUAGUUUGUGAUGUAGUGGUAAACUUUUCAAGGCUUGGGUUGUAGGUGUUCACUGUUCAUAUCUUGGCACCUGCUAAUAAGAUUUGGCUCUAAAACUUGUAUA